AUGGAGCCAAAAGUUGGCAAUUGUACAUCUGGCUUCCAACGAAGUUCAACUUCAGAUGAUGAUUCUGGAUGUGCCUUAGAAGAAUAUGUCUGGGUUCCUCCAGGUCUUAGACCAGAACAGGUUCAGCUUUACUUUGCUUGCCUGUCAGAGGAGAAGGUCCCAUAUGUUAACAGCCAAUAUCGAAUUAAGCAGCUUCUCUAUCAGCUGCCACCCCAUGACAAUGAGGUAGGUAUAGAUAAUCAUGUUUGCUCUAUCAUUUUUGCUGUUGAAUGUACAGAAGCAGAAGGUCGUCACUGGCACAUGAAACACUUCUGUUGCCUUGAGUGUGAAACCAUUCUUGGAGGACAGAGGUAUAUUAUGAAGGAUGGACACCCAUUGUGCUGUGGCUGCUUUGAAUCUCUUUAUGCAGAAUAUUGUGAGACUUGUGGGGAACAUAUAGAUGUUUCAAUUAAUGAAAUCAAACCAAGACCUUCUCUGUACUCCUUUGAAACCUAUCAGGAGCUAGAGGCAGAGGAUUGUGAGAAAAUGAGCAACAUGGGAACUCUGAAUUCAUCAAUGCUUCAUAGAAGUACUGAGUCUUUGAGAAGUGUAAGUUCUGAAUUAUGUCAGGCUGAGACACUGCCAGAAGAAAAAUCAAUGCAUGUGCCACUAUUAAGAAGAUCCAAAUCACAGAUUAGGCCUCAGCAAGUAAAAUUUUCAGAUGUCAUUGAUAAUGGAAACUAUCACAAUCUUGAUAUUCACCAAUCUCCUAUGAGUGAAAGGACUCGCAGACGUGUUUAUCAGUUUGAAGACCAUGGAAAGAAACAUCAUCAAAGGAACAGAAGGUCUCGAUCUGACAAUGCACUUCAUCUGGUUGCAGAAAGAAAACCUUUUCCAAAACAAAGGCUUAAUUUUUAUUCCCCUCAGGAUUAUAAUGCAUUUAUUCAGAAUAAAAAGCCUCAGGCAGUUUGGGCAUAUACUCCAACUUUUUUCAGCCAAUAUAAUCAUCUUGCGCCUGAUUAUGCAACGGGGAAACCAAGAGAUCAGUUUUUUGAAUUUUUGGGUGAGGACGAAGAUUCUUGGUGUUCAUCUUCAUCAUCUUCAGAUUCUGAAGAGGAAGGAUAUUUUUUAGGACAACCCAUUCCACAGCCAAGAUCUGUGAGAUAUCCCUGCUAUGCAGAUUUUGUUUCUAGUCCCAGUGCUGAACUUCCCACUACCCAACUUAGACAGAUAACAAAAUCUAAAAAAAGGAAAGCGCACAAAGGCAAAAAGUGUAUAAUUUCCAAAAAUGCUUGA